AUGUCCGAGUCUAGGUCUCACCCUGAGCGGGUGUGGACCACUUUAGUCACAGUGGCACCCCUGGAUGGCUCUACCAUACCAGUGACUCUGCCAGUUACGAUAGAUACCAGCUACGAUCUGUGUCUCAUAGUUCAAGACCGUUCCCACGGUCGUACUGCAGGUCACCACUCCUUGGUGCACCAAACCUCACCGCCUGGUCGUAUUGAGUGCCCUAGCAAGCUGCCAGCAGCGGACACUGUCCAUGUUCCACAAGGCUUAUUCUUCCACGAGAGACAGGAACCUCUGUCUCCCGUUACCAACUGCCCGCUGAGAGAUAUUGCACCUCCGGUACCCGUAACAGGUCCAAUCGACCUCAACUCUCUGCCAGUGCCACUUGGCAGCACUGAGCAGUGCCAAGCUCCUUCCACCCUGGACGUAGAGCCACCACAAACCUUGACCUCUGCGCCUGGCCCUGAGCUAGCGCCAGCACCAAACCUCAACAAGGAUACUCCUACAGGAGAUCCUCCAACAGGCAUGGAGCUUACCACAGCCCAUGGCCAAUCCCAAGCUACCACUGCCUCUGCUCCUGACAGCAUUUCUGGCCUUACCCCAGAGUCGGUGCCUCCGUCAACUCCUGGGACUGGUGUAGCCAGGCCCUGGAGGAAUAAGAAGAAGAAGAAGAAGAAGAAGGGACGUAGCAAAUUAACAAACUAA